CAAGAAAUUUUUUCCAUAAAACUUUUGUUUAAAAAAACAGGUAAAACUCAUAAAAAGCGAAUAUUUUCAAUAUUUUUGAAUACUUCAGAAAGAUUAUCAUAUUAUCAUAUUUUUUCUACAAAUUUUAAUUAAGAAACUAGGAACGAAAUGGCAACGGAGGAUUCAAUCGACGUAUUCUCUGACAGUUGGAUUCAAAUCGGUGCACUAAUGCCGGCGACAAGCCCUACUGAACCGAAAAUGCGCAUACAGCCGAUGCAAAGACCUUAUCUCAAACAACGUGCGGUAGCAUCGAAAACAAUGGUAAAAACGGCUAUUAAAACACUAACGCGUAAUCCACGUAUUGGCGUCUCGUUUAUGGCAAUCAAAAAAUUUAUUGAAGAAAACUAUUCCUUUACGCAUACGAACAAGCGAUUUUACUUCGUCAAGCGUUACAUUAGGAACUCGCUCGAAAAGGGUGAACUUAUACGCACAAAGGGCUUUGGCGUGAGCGGUUCAUUUCGUUUACCGUUCACAAAGCGCGUUCUUAAAAAGAAACCGAACAAAAAGAAGCUAAAUGUCAAUAAACAAAAAAGUAAAGUCGGGAAGGCAAAUAUCAAUAAACGAAAACAUAAAGUCAGGAACGCAAAAGAUAUUCGAAGAAAAGUUAGAAAACAAAUGAAAGAGAUGGAAUUGAAUGGUAGAUCACGUGACGGACAAUUGGGCGGCGCCAUUGAUGCAACAGCUUGUAACACUGAGGAGCCGAAGCAAGAAAUGAGUAAUGUUGUGAGAAAACAGAAUGACGCUUGAAAAGCAACACAUCGCCGAAGUGAUUGUGGCUCCAAGACAUACAAACACGGCGUUAAAAAAAACAAAAAGAAUAUAUAUUUUUUAUAAAAAUAAACCAUUUUUUCUACCAAA